CGGGGCGAUGCCGCUGCUGCACCGAAAGCCCUUCGUGAGGAAGAAGCCCCCCGCCGACCUGCGGCCCGACGAGCGCGUCUUCUACUGCAGGGUCACCAACGAGAUCUUCAGGGACUACGAUGACUUUUUUGAACGCACCAUUCUGUGUAACAGCCUUGUAUGGAGCUGUGCUGUCACAGGUAAACCUGGACUCACAUAUCAGGAAGCACUGGAAUCAGAAAAGAAAGCCAGACUUAAUCUUCAGAGUUUUCCAGAGGCACUCAUAGUUCCAAUUCUGUAUUUGGCCACCUUAACCCAUCGCUCACGACUUCAUGAAAUCUGUGAUGAAAUCUUUGCUUAUGUCAAGGAUCGAUAUUUUGUUGGCGAAACAGUGGAAGUAGUUAGAAAUAAUGGUGCAAGAUUGCAGUGUAAGAUUUUGGAAGUCAUAGCUCCACCACAUCACAAUGGAGUGGCCAAUGGCCACAUCAACAGUACCAAUGAAGACACUAUCGUCAUCAGUGAUAGUGAUGAUUCAGAAACGCACAACAGUUCUGCACAAAAUGGGAAGAAAAAAGCAUUAAUCGAUCCCUCCUUGUUCAAGUAUAAAGUCCAGCCUAUUAAAAAAGAACUAUAUGAAUCUGUUACUGUAAGAGCAUCUCAGAUAAGCCGGAGGAAACAUCUCUUUUCUCGUGAUAGACUUAAACUUUUUUUGAAACAACACUGUGAACCACAUGAUGGAGUCAUUAGAACUAAGGCAAUGUCAGUUGCAAAAUACAAGAUAGCUGAACAAGAUUUCUCCUACUUCUUCUCUGAUGAACCACCUACAUUUAUCUUCAGUCCUGCAAACAAAAGGCGAGGGAGGCCUCCAAAGAGGAUAUCUAUUAGUCGUGACAAGAUUGCUAGUAAACAAAACAUUCCAGGAAAUAGAAGUAAAGUGGCAAAGGAAAGGGCAAGACUCCAGAAACAAAAAGAAGAAAUGCAGGCCAUGGCUUUUGAAAAAGCUAAAUUAAAGAGAGAGAAGGCACAUGCUAUAGAAGCCAAGAAAAAAGAGAGAGAAGAUAAGGAGAAAAAGAGAGAGGAGCUGAAGAAGAUUGUGGAAGAAGAAAGGUUGAAGAAGAAAGAAGAGAAAGAGAGACUCAAGAUAGAAAAAGAAAAGGAAAGAGAGAAAUUACGUGAAGAAAAACGAAAGUAUCUGGAAUACCUAAAACAGUGGAGUAAACCUAGAGAAGACAUGGAAUGUGAUGAUCUUAAGGAACUUCCAGUUCCAACUCCAGUGAAGACGAGACUGCCUCCUGAGAUAUUUGGUGAUGCUCUGAUGGUCUUAGAAUUCCUUCAUGCAUUUGGGGAACUUUUUGAUCUUCAAGAUGAGUUUCCAGAAGGACUUACUCUAGAAGUGUUAGAAGAAGCUCUUGCAGGAAAUGAUAGUGAAGGCCCACUGUGUGAAUUGCUCUUUUUCUUCCUGACUGCCAUUUUCCAGGCAAUGGCAGAAGAGGAAGAAGAAGUGGCCAAAGAUCAAAUAGCUGAUGCUGAGACCAAAGAUUUAACAGAGGCUUUGGAUGAAGAUGCAGACCCCACAAAAUCUGCACUGUUUGCAGUUGCAACUUUGGCAGCUGCAUGGCCCCAGUUACAUCAGGGCUGCAAUUUGAAAAAUUUGGAUCUCGACAGCUGCACUCUUUCUGAGAUUCUCAGACUUCACAUCUUAGCAUCAGGUGCUGAUGUAACAUCAGCAAAUGCAAAGUAUCGUUACCAAAAACGAGGAGGUUUUGAUGCUACGGAUGAUGCUUGCAUGGAGCUGAGAUUGAGUAAUCCUGGUCUGCUGAAGAAACUCUCAAGUACUUCAGUGUAUGAUUUGUCACCAGGGGAAAAGAUGAAGAUUCUUCAUGCCCUCUGCGGGAAGCUUCUGACUCUCGUCUCCACUCGAGAUUUCAUUGAGGACUCUGUUGAUGUAUUACGACAGGCAAAACAGGAAUUCAGAGAGUUAAAGGCAGAACAACAUCGCAAAGAAAGAGAAGCAGCAGCAGCAAGGAUACGUAAGAGGAAGGAAGAAAGAUUAAAAGAACAAGAACAAAAGAUGAAGGAGAAACAGGAGAAGCUGAAGGAAGAGGAGCAAAAGAAUCCUGCUGCAGAAGUGUCUGUUGGGGAAGAGGAACGGGAAGACCUUGAUACCAGUACAGAGAGCAAAGAAAUUGAGCAGAAGGAACAAGACUUGGACACAGUGACAGAGGAUGAGGAAGAACCAGGACCAAACAAAAAAGGAAGAAGAGGUAAGAGGGGGCAAAAUGGAUUUAAGGAAUUUACAAGGCAAGACGAGACUUCUUGUGAAAAGAGUGAACCUCUUACUGCUGAGGAGGAAGAAGCUUUAAAACGGGAGCAACAAAAGAAAGAGAAGGAACUUAUAGAAAAGAUUCAGAAUGCUACAGCCUGCACCAAUAUCUCUCCACUGGGUCGUGACCGCAUGUACCGACGCUACUGGAUUUUCCCCUCUGUUCCUGGAUUGUUUAUAGAAGAGGACUAUUCUGGUCUCACAGAAGACAUGUUAUUGCCUCGACCCUCUUCCUUUCAGAAUAGCAUACCGUCUCACAUCACAAAUGAACUUCAGGUAUCCACUAAAACUGGAGAGUCUUUGAAGUCAUCUGAAUCUACCUCCAAUAUUGACCAAGAUUCAUAUACCAGUGUUGCUGUAGAGGUGCCAAGACCAGUAUAUAAGCCAAACCGCUGGUGCUUUUACAAUUCUCGGGAACAACUGGAUCAACUCCUAGAGGCUCUGAAUUCCCGAGGACAUAGGGAGAGUGCCUUAAAAGAAACUCUUUUACAAGAGAAAAAUAGAAUAUAUGAACAACUAAACAGUUUUCCUGUGGAAAAAUUCCAUAUUCCAGACAAACCUCAAAGUGACAACAAACCUCUUUCAUCAGGGCGGGGAAGAAUACAGAAUGCACAUGAUACAUUUCAAAUGUCUGCAGAAAAGCAGCUUGAACUGAGACUUAGAGACUUUCUUUUGGACAUUGAAGACAGAAUUUAUCAAGGAACACUGGGGGCAAUUAAGGUUACAGACAGGCAAUCUUGGAGAGCAGCCUUAGAAAAUGGACAGUAUGAACUGCUAAAUGAGGAAAACAAGGAAAAUGGUAUCAUUAAAACUGUGAAUGAAGAUGCUGAAGAAAUGGAAACAGAUGAUCAAGCCAAGUUUAUUGUAAAAGACAGACUUGUUGGAUUAAAAACUGAAGCUCCAAGCACUGCAUCAACAAAUACGAGCACUCCGCAGCCAGUUAAUAAUGUGGUCCAUUACUUGGCAUCUGCACUGCUUCAGAUAGAGCAAGGCAUCGAGCGCAGGUUCCUCAAAGCACCACUUGAUGCCAGUGAUGGUGGACGUUCAUAUAAAACAGUCCUGGAUCGCUGGAGAGAAUCUCUUCUUUCUUCUGGCAGCCUGUCCCAAGUCUUUCUACAUCUCUCCACAUUGGAUCGAAGCGUUAUCUGGUCUAAGUCCAUUCUAAAUGCUCGCUGUAAGAUGUGCCGAAAGAAAGGUGACGCGGAAAGCAUGGUGCUGUGUGAUGGCUGCGAUCGAGGUUAUCAUAUCUACUGUAUCAGGCCCAAGCUCAAGGCCAUUCCUGAAGGAGACUGGUUCUGUCCAGAGUGCCGACCAAAACAACGUUCUAGACGCCUCUCCUCUAGGCAGAGACCUUCUAUGGAAAGUGAUGAAGAGGCUUCAGAACAGUUUGAAGAAGAGGAGGAAGAGACUUACUAUGAGGAAGUGGGACAAAGUGAGGAAGAGGAUUAUGAGGAAGAACAAGAGGAAGAAGAUGAAUCACAAGAGGAGGAAGAAAUGAGCCCUUCAAAACAAGGAAGACCACAAGUCAAACUUCCAUUAAAAAUGAGAGCAGCUAAACUCAACAAUCCCUUUUCAAAUCGAAGCAGCCAGCGUCAGGCCUGUGGAAGAUACGCUUCUCGGAGUCAGCAGAAUACACCUAAGCAAACUGAAUCUUCGUCAAAAGUUACUGGAAGGGGGAUAAGAAAGAUAAAGUCAGCCCCUCCAUCAGUAACAAAACCUUCUUUAAGACUGAACAGCCGUACCACUCGUCAGAGUCAAGGCUCAUUACGAGCAGAUGUAUUUGUGGAAUUACUCAGUCCUCGAAGACGACGCAGAGGAAAGAAGACUGCAGAUAGUACAUCAGACAACAGUCCUUCUCUUGGCUUCAGAAUUGUUGCCACCACAGACUCAUGUGAACGGCUUAGAAGAUCUCCUCCAGUUUCUACACAGAAGUUUCCUCUUCAGGAUAGUGAAUCUAAGAGAAGAGGCAGGAAACGACAAUCCACAGAUUCGUCUCCUCACACCUCAUUGAACAGGAGGAGUUCGGGUCGCCAGGGUGGAGUCCAUGAACUGUCAGCUUUUGAACAACUUGUUGUGGAACUGGUACGACAUGACGACAGUUGGCCGUUCAUGAAACUGGUUUCCAAAGUCCAGGUACCAGACUACUACGAUAUUAUCAAAAAACCUAUUGCCUUAAAUAUAAUCCGUGAAAAAGUGAAUAAAUGUGAAUACAAAUUAGCAUCUGAAUUCAUUGAAGACAUUGAAUUGAUGUUUUCGAACUGCUUUGAGUAUAACCCUCGUAAUACAAGCGAAGCAAAAGCUGGAAUUAGACUUCAGGCUUUUUUCCACAUUCAGGCUCAAAAGCUUGGACUCCCUGUUGCAUCUGGUAAUGUGGACCAUGCUGCUCCAGCUGCAAAGAAGUCACGAAUUUAACCUCUUCCUUCCAAAGGAUUUUUUUUGAGGGAACCUUUAUAUUCAUGAAAAUGAAACAUUAAAUCAUGCAGUCGUCAUAUCUGUAUAAAGCAAUAACACCAGUUUAACCACCUUGAAGUGUGGCCUGCACUAUAUUCUCAAUUUAAUAUUAAGCACUCAGGAGAAUGUAGGAAAGAUUACCUUUGCUACAGUUUUAUUCAGUGUCUAAUAACUUUGAUAGAUGUAUUGGAUACAGUACUGGUUUACAGAGGUUUUGUACAUUUUUAAGACAUUCAUGUGUCCAAAUAUCUUCCAGAAAUAUUUUUUCUGCACCAUAUGACCUUGUUUUAUCCUCUAGAUUUUCUAGGAGCUGUGGUAUUAUGAGGACUUUAUCAACUCAGACAAAAUCUUCUACUGUAGCACAGUUGAAGAAACUGUGUAAAUGUCUGAAACUCUGAGCACACCUUUUCAACACUACACAUGAAUGAGUACAAUUGCAUAUCCUUUCAAGUACUGUACCAGUGCUGGCUGGAGGUAUUCAGUCCGAGUUUAUUAAGUAGAUAUUUAUUUAGCAUUCAAAGUAAUUUGUGAAUUUGUUUUGUAUUUAUAAAAUUUGUAUGUGGGGGGGAUAAGAGUUCAACAACUUUUUUUUUAAUUUUUCUCCUGUGUUUUGUUUAUUCCUCUAUCUUCCUGAUGAUCAGUUGAUAAAAUAAUACCCUCUCCUCUUGCUGGCAGUUCUUUAAGCUACAAGUAACUUGCAGGACUGUAUUACAAGUUUCUAUGUACAACUUUCUAAGUGUACAAAUAAAAUGAUACAUUUUUCAAAGUA